CGUCAGCAUGCUGGUGAUCCUGCUGAACUGCGUCACGCUGGGCAUGUACAGGCCGUGCAUCGACGACCCCUGUACUACCAACCGCUGCAAGAUACUGCAGAUAUUCGACGAUUUUAUAUUCGCCUUCUUCGCGCUGGAGAUGUCUGUGAAGAUGAUUGCGAUGGGGGCCUAUGGGAAGGGGACGUACCUCGCCGAUCCCUGGAACUGGCUGGACUUUUUCAUCGUCAUCGCUGGGGCACUGGAGUACUGCCUGAACGUGGAGAACAUGAACCUGUCCGCCAUCCGAACCAUCCGCGUGCUGCGGCCUCUGCGCGCUAUCAACAGGAUACCAAGCAUGCGCAUCCUGGUGAUGCUGCUGCUGGACACGCUGCCGAUGUUGGGGAACGUGCUGCUGCUGUGCUUCUUCGUCUUCUUCAUCUUCGGCAUCGUGGGCGUGCAGCUGUGGCAGGGCAUCCUGCGCCAGCGCUGCUUCCCCAAGACUCCGCCGAACGUCACGCUGCCCAAGGCUGUGGCGCAGUACUACCACAGCGUGGACCAGGAGCGCGACUACAUCUGCUCGACGCCCAAGGACUCGGGCAUGCACCUCUGCCGGGACCUGCCGCCGCUCGUGCUCGACAGCGGACUCGUCUGCAACGCGACGGCGCUGCCCAACAGCCCCAACGAGCCCACCAACGCCUCCUGCGUCAACUGGAACCAGUACUACACCGAGUGCCUGCCCUCGCCCUACAACCCCUUCCAGGGCACCAUCUCCUUCGACAACAUCGGCCUCGCCUGGGUCGCCAUCUUCCUCGUCAUCAGUCUCGAAGGCUGGACGGAUAUUAUGUAUUAUGUACAGGAUGCCCAUUCGUUUUGGGACUGGAUAUAUUUCGUAUUGCUCAUUGUGAUCGGAUCGUUCUUCAUGAUCAACCUGUGCCUGGUCGUCAUCGCGACGCAGUUCUCGGAGACGAAGAAGCGCGAGAUGGAGCGCAUGCGCCUGGAGCGGGAGCGCUUCCGGUCCAGCAGCACGCUCGCCUCCAGCACCAACAACUCCGAGCCCACAUCCUGCUAUGCAGAGAUCGUCAAGUACGUGGCGCACCUGUGGCGGCGCGGCAAGCGGCGUCUGAUGAAGAAGUGGCGGGUUUGGCGCUACCGCCGGCAACAGCGCCGCCAGGCCAAGGCGGGCGCCAUCUCCCUGCAGCACUGCGGCAACAACGGCGCCGGCAUGCUGCGAGCCCACGCGCACCACCACCACCACCACCACCACCACCACAGGCACGGGCACGGGAAAGCGGCUGCAGGACAGGCUGCACAGCCACCGCUUGGGAAGGCGGCCCGGCUGAGGGGUCGACGUCCAUCAGCUCCGAAGGCGGUGGCGACUGAAGAGGGACCGCAGGCGCCGGAGCGACCACCUGGGGCGCUCCCGGAUGAAGCUGCGCGGGAGGCAUCAACGGGACGGGCUGUCGGCGUGGUAGCGGCGACGGCUGCUGCUGCUGCCCUGGGGGCGGCAGCGAAGUCGGAAGCAGAUUUGUUGAGGCACAGAGAGACGGUAGUAGUGAGUGUGGAGCGAUCCCCUGAGCCGAGCGCGGCCCGUGCACCGCAGGCGACGCCGGGCCUGCUGUCGCCGCCGGGCGGCCCGCGGCGGCGCUCCAGCGUCAUGUUCAGCGAGGUGGUGCUGCUGCACGGCGGCGCCGGCGCCGGCCCCGGGGGCGCAGCGGGCGCGGGCGGCGCCGCGCGCAACGUCUGCUCCAGCGAGAAGAUGACGCAGACCGGCGACGGCAACUGCCCGCUGUCGGAGAGCGCGUGCGGCGCCGCGUCCGAGGCGAUGACGUGCCAGGAGCUGCUGGCGCUCUCCGGCGCUCUCAGCGCAGCCCUGCCCACGGGACAGCUCGCGCUCGACUCCUUCUUCUCGUCGCUCAGCAAGGGACCAGGAGGCGGCGAGCCGCUGUGCUGCCAGGAGGCGGGGUGUUGGGAGCUGGAGCUGGAGUCGGGGCUGUCGGAGGGCGCGUGCUGCGCCGAGCAGCCGUGGGCGGCCAUGCUGGAGGACAAGGCGGCGGCGGCGGCGGGCGCGGCGGGGGCGGCGGCGCGGCGCCGCAGGCAGCGCUGGAGGCACGCCCUCGCCUGCUGCACCGGCUGCCUGCGCUGGGUACGCCGCGGCGUGCGCUCCCUCGUCACGCACAAGUACUUCCAGCAGGGCAUCCUCUUCGCCAUCCUCAUCAACACGCUCAGCAUGGGCAUCGAGUACCACGACCAGCCCGAAGAACUGACCGUGACGGUGGAGAUCAGUAACAUCGUGUUCUCCGCCAUUUUCGCAGUCGAGAUGAUGCUCAAGAUAAUCGCCGAAGGGCCGUUCGGCUACAUCAGCAACGGCUUCAACGUCUUCGACGGAGUAAUCGUGGUACUCAGCGUGAUCGAGAUGUGCCAGACGUACCUGGGAGAGGGUGAGGGCAGCUCGGGACUGAGCGUGCUGCGCACCUUCCGGCUGUUGCGCAUCCUCAAGCUGGUGCGCUUCAUGCCCAACCUUCGCCGCCAGCUGUUCGUCAUGCUGCGCACCAUGGACAACGUCGCCGUCUUCUUCUCGCUGCUCAUCCUCUUCAUCUUCAUCUUCAGUAUACUUGGAAUGAACCUGUUCGGUUGCAAAUUCUGCAAUAAGGCCGACAACGGAGAGACAGAUGAAUGCGACAGAAAGAAUUUCGAUUCCUUGCUCUGGGCAAUUGUGACGGUGUUUCAGAUCCUGACGCAGGAAGAUUGGAACGUGGUGUUGUUCAACGGCAUGGAGAAGACGACGCACUGGGCAGCCCUGUACUUCGUGGCUCUUAUGACGUUCGGCAACUACGUGCUCUUCAACCUGCUGGUCGCCAUCCUCGUCGAGGGCUUCUCCGCAGAGCGCAACGAACGGCGGGAGCGCGAGCAGCGGGAGCUGGCCAAGCAGCAGCAGCUGAAGAACGAGGAGAUGCACCGCGAGGCGCAGCUGGCCGCCUCCAGCUACGAGUGCUCGCGCACCGACUCCAGCUCAGACACCACAGACUCCUACUUCGCCACCCAGGGCAUGACGAACGAGUGGCGCAGCGCGGAGGAGCUGAGGAAGUCGAAGCACAACGGCCACCGCGAGAAGGAGAACAGCUGCCACCGGCGCCGACACCUGCUGCACGACUGCGAGCCCAAGUGCAACAUCCAGAAAGAGAGCAAGAUGCUGUCGCAGCCGCCCAUCAUCACGCACACGGCGGCGACGCCCCAGGACUCGCCCAACACGACGAUGGACCCGGGCAUGCGCGACUGCCGUCUGGCGCCGGUGCUCGCCCUCCACGGCUCCUCCAUGUCGCUCGAGUCCAUCGAUCGCUCUCUGACAUCCGAGCAAAGUGUGCCUGGCCUGCUGAAGCCACCCAACACCAAGUUCAGCGGCAACGGCGCCAGCGGUCCCGGCGGCAGCAGCUACAACAACCACGGCAACAACAACAACGGCCACCAGCUGCAUCAGGGCCGGCGCGUCAGCUUGGUGGCCAUCGUCAGCUCCCGGCGGGAGUCAACGGCUUCCAGCACCAGUGGGAGCCGCGGCUGCCCCUGGAAACUGUCCCGGCCGUCGCUGCGGAGGAGGGCGUCGCGACGCUCCUCUGACGCCGACGACGCGUCCGCCGAAGCAGACGCCGACGCCGCACCGCCCGUCCUCAACAAUGGCCUCAACAACCACAACCACCUGGCCAGCCCCACUGACAGGACGAGCCAUCGGAGCUGCAGCCAGUGCGGGGAGCACGCACACGCUCACUGCAACGGCGGGCUGGUGGGCAGCAUCCGCAACGACACGGGUAGCGGGGGCGGCGGGGGCGGCGGCGGGGGCGGCAACGGCGCGAGCCGCCAGCUCAGCCCGCAGGGCUCGCUGCGGGGACACGCCUCCUACUGCCCGCUGCCGCAGGCGUCGCUCGUCUCCUGCAGGGCCGACGACGAGCUGCCGCAGCCCAAGUGCGUCAACGCCCUCGUCGCCAGGGGGAUGGCUGAGGGCUCGCCACUGCCUCGGACGUCGCCCCACGGCUCGCUCAGCUCGGGCUCCGCCGAAGGCGCGACGCCCACACCGCCGGAGGCCAUCAAGAAAAUCUUCAUGUUCUUCGAGCCCCGCGGCUGCCUGAAAGAGCGCGACGACUAUUCGCUCUACAUGUUCCCUCCGCGCAACAGAUUCCGGUUGCUCUGUUGCUGGUUCGUGGAGCAGAAGUGGUUUGACAACGUGGUGUUGCUCUUCAUUGGGCUCAACUGCAUCACGCUGGCCAUGGAGCGGCCCAACAUCCCUCCAGACAGUCCAGAGCGUUUGUUCCUCGCCACCGCCAACUAUGUGUUCACCGCUGUCUUUGCUAUUGAAAUGUUUGUCAAGGUUAUUGCUACAGGUAUGAUUUAUGGCCGAGAUGCAUACUUCACGUCUGGUUGGAACAUUAUGGAUGGUUCACUUGUUAUAAUAUCAAUCAUAGAUCUAUUGAUGUCACUCGUCUCUGAAUCCAGCCCUCGCAUCUUUGGCAUUCUCCGUGUUUUUCGGCUGCUGCGUUCCCUUCGCCCGUUGCGUGUUAUCAACCGUGCCCCAGGACUUAAACUUGUUGUACAAACACUUUUGUCUUCACUACGUCCCAUUGGAAAUAUUGUGCUUAUAUGCUGCACAUUCUUCAUUAUUUUUGGUAUUUUAGGAGUGCAGUUAUUUAAAGGUACAUUUUACUACUGUGAGGGGGCGGAUAUAAAGAAUGUUCGCAACAAAACAGACUGCCUGAAGGACAAAAACAAUAGAUGGGUUAACCGUAAAUACAAUUUUGAUGACUUGGGAAAGGCACUCAUGUCUCUGUUUGUCCUCUCAUCAAGAGAUGGAUGGGUAAACAUCAUGUACACUGGUCUUGAUGCUGUGGGAGUAGAUCAACAACCAAUUGAAAACUAUUCAGAAUGGCGACUACUCUAUUUCAUCGCAUUUAUCUUGCUUGUUGGAUUCUUUGUCCUUAACAUGUUUGUUGGUGUUGUGGUGGAAAACUUCCAUAGAUGUAGAGAAGAGCAAGAGAAAGAAGAGCGUGUUAGGAGAGCAGCUAAAAGAGCAAAACAAAUGGAGAAGAAAAGGAGAAAGAUGCAUGAGCCGCCAUAUUACACUAACUACACACAUUCACGGCUGAUGAUUCACAAUGUUGUGACAUCUAAAUAUUUUGACUUGGCUAUUGCUGCAGUAAUUGGCCUGAAUGUGGUAACUAUGGCUUUGGAAUUCUACAAGAUGCCUAAGCCCUUGGAGUAUGCAUUAAAAAUUUUCAAUUAUUUCUUCACGGCUGUGUUCAUUUUGGAAGCUGUUAUGAAACUUGUAGCUCUGGGUUUCCUAUUGUAUUUUAAAGAUAGGUGGAAUCAGCUGGAUGUUAUUAUAGUAAUAUUAUCUAUUGUUGGAAUUGUGCUAGAAGAAGUUGAAUCAAAAUUUAUUCCUAUAAAUCCAACAAUUAUAAGAGUGAUGAGGGUCCUCAGGAUAGCAAGAGUGCUCAAACUGCUAAAGAUGGCUAAAGGAAUACGGGCCCUGCUAGACACAGUAAUGCAGGCUCUACCACAGGUUGGGAACCUAGGGCUGUUAUUUUUCUUGCUGUUCUUCAUUUUUGCAGCACUUGGUGUUGAGUUAUUUGGGCGCCUAGAAUGCAGCGAAAAGAGACCAUGCCAGGGACUGGGUGAACAUGCACACUUUAGUAACUUCGGAAUGGCAUUUCUCACUCUGUUCCGUGUAGCUACAGGAGACAACUGGAAUGGAAUAAUGAAAGACACAUUACGUGAAGACUGUGACAAUUCAGCUGACUGUGUCAGAAACUGCUGUGUUUCGACAGUGAUAGCACCCAUCUUCUUUGUUAUAUUUGUUCUUAUGGCACAGUUUGUGCUUGUGAAUGUUGUCGUUGCUGUGCUAAUGAAACAUCUGGAAGAAUCACACAAACAGAUGGAAGAUGAAUUGGACAUGGAAGUGGAGUUAGAACGAGAACUUGCAGCAGAGCAAGAAGAACUCCUGGAGGAAGAGCAGCAAGAGGAACUACAGCGUGUUCUAGAAAUGGAACUUGCAAUGUCACAGCAACAACAGCAGCAGCAGCAACAACAAGAGAUUCAGUUGCAGCAAGCCCAUCCCACUCUCACUAGAGGUCGCUCUCUGCCAGCAGACUUCAUGUUCACAUCUCUUGAUUCUGCAGCAGAAACAGAUGAAGGAUUAUGUGGUAUGAAUGAGAGGCGCAGAGAUUCCACUGAGCUUCGCAGCAGACGUGGAGCACAUAAUCGACGCCGGCAGACUUUUCACUCUCAUCAGGGGCCUCUUCUGCCUCCCAGCAUUCCUCCUGCAUAUCCUGCAACUGAAUAUACAGCUGUCUACAAAGCAGCCAGUGACAUCAAUACUGAUACAGUUGAGGAAAAUGCUGAAGAAGAAUCACCAAACUGGCUGCUGCCUCAGGUGAAAGAGAAAGCACCAAUACAAAGAACUGCAAGUGACCCACAUGAGGGGAGUAGAGGUCUGCUGGCAGUGCCUGGCUUGCGACGUAGUGAUCUGGGCAGCACACAACGUCUAGAGCUCCUGGUUGGCACCCAGUCAAGGAGAACUGACUGGGCAGAUCCAGAGUCCGUGACUCCAUCUGAUGAUAUUUCCCCUGACUGUGUAUCUCCAACAGCUACACUAAUACCCCCACCUUAUCGUGCAGCCACAGCAGAACAGUCUACUCUACAAGCCCCUGUUUUAGACAGAACUAUGGCUGGUCCACGGUUUUUAACUCCCUCUUUGACUUUAGUAACAGCUCAUGAUCUAAACAGAAGUGGCAGUAUGACUAGCAGCUUAAGAAGUGAAAACAUUUGUGAAUUAGCAACUGCUAUUCAGUCCCCACCAGCACUGUUAACAGAAAAGGCAGUGCAUACUCACUUUCAGUCCUCAUCAAAAGGUGAACAUGCAGAUGAUAGUCUUUCAAGUGAUGCCUCCAGUUUAGAAUUAACAAAUGUUACACCAUUGUUUGUUACACACAGUGAAAUUACGGUAUCAGUUCCAAGUUCUUCAUCCUCAUCACACAGUGGAAGAAAAUCUCCAUCUACCUCCAGACCGGUCAUUGUAGGUGAAGUUACUGACAGAAUCAUUGUAGAUUGUGACAGUGUGGACAGUGAAAAGGACAAUGUUUGUAAAAUAGAUAUAGACACAAGAGAGUGCAAAGCAGAUAAGGAAUGUGAUGAUACGUGUGACCUUUUCCAAGUUUCAUUUGAGGUGGAUGACAGUGCUACCGAACCAAUUUACAGAAGUCUCAUUUCAGAAGACAGUAAAAGUGCUGGACACAGCAGUGAACCAAGAACAAUAUCCAAAUGACUUACGCAGUAAACAUUCUGGUCAAAAACUUAAUUAUGUAUUUAAUACUUUUGUUCAUAAUAAAUUUAGUUCAUAGUUUGUUGCUGAAGUUUGAUUAAUUUCUUUUUAAUGGCUAACAGACACAUAUCAUAGUUGAUGUGAGUAAUAACAGUCACAUAGGAUGACAAUAGUAUCUGAGAGAAAAUUGAGGUACAUAGACUAUUCGCUGUUAAAAUUAGGUGAAAUCAGUACCUGUCAUUUCAAAAAGGGAGGUGCAUAAAAAUAGAGACAACAUUAAAUAGAUGUUCUGCUAAGAAAGAGAUUACCAAAUUAAACAGCAAGCAUAUAGUACUCUCUUCUAAAACAUGGUUAUUUUAGUUUAAAAGAGUACUGAAAUAAAAGGAUCCUCAAAUGUUGCAAAAAUGUGUCAUAUCUUUUUAUUUUAACUUUUCCAUUUUCUCUUACUUCUAACUAUUAAAACUCUCAUCAUCCAUAACUAGCACCUCUUUGUAAAUUUCUGACAGUGAGAAACUGCAUAAACAAUACUUGAAAUUUAGUUAAAAUCAGAAAUAUCAGCAGGUUCUCCUACUUCCCAGGUCUGGCACAUUGUGCCUGCAAUGUUUGAAAGAAAUGCUCCAGUACACAGGAACAGACAUGGGAACGUAAUUAGAACCUGUGACACAGGAGCCAAUAUGAUUUUAGGGACACAAGAAUUGUGUCUUCAUUAAGUUUUUCAUAUCUGUGGCAACGGGGUCUCUUCGUUUCUCCAUAAAAGUGUCAUUAGUAACAUUAUUUUAAUUACAAAUCAAGAAAAUGACAUUUUUAUCCUAAUUCAUGUUUAAAAAGAUUUUUGUAUGAUCAUUCAAGUUUCAAAAAGGUUUAGUAAUGUUAGUACAUCAAAUUCAAUUUUUGUAAGCAUAAAGUUUUUUAAAAAAGGUUUUGUGUUAUUUAUAUCAAAAGUCUAAUGCUGUUCAGCUAAAAUUAUGUUUCAUUUAUGAAAGGAAAACUGUUCAAAAAACUACACCUGUAUAAAAUUGUUUAUAAAAAUAUACAAUCAAUUUUUUGAUAAA